AUGUCCACCAUUCCAUCACGGUCUCUCGCUACGGCUCUCUUUGUUCCCGAAGAAGGCGACUACUACCAGUGCCGCAUUUGCUUCCUUCGUCGGAAGCAAGCCAAUGGAACUGGGUACACGAACCUGGUAGAGCAUCUCGUGUGCUAUCAUGCCAGCACGUACGAGGACGAGUUUCGCUCCGUUCAGCGACGUGAAGGGAGUCUGGACUAG